UCUGCUGGAUCAGCUCUGACUCCCUGCACACACACAUACACGCACACACACUCACACACAUGCACACACACACACACGCACACUUCCACGCUCCCUCUCACACACUCUUACACAUACACUACCAGGGGGAUUCCUCCGCCACUGCAGCCUGUGCUUGCUCCACCUGGCUCCUGCCUUCCGCCGUUGGGGGGAAAGCACGAUCUAAAAUGACUUUUACUAAAUGGCCAGUGGUCGGAGCUUAGUGCUGAUCCAUCGAAGAGCACUAUGAGUAGAUGACAACAAGCAGCCUUUAAUCCAGAAAGGAUUCCUCUUCUCUGUGCUAAGAGUCUGCUAACCGUGUGUAAGGACCACUGGGAGUACAAGAAUCAAGUCAAGGACACGUUCACUCCCCCUCAGCCUGCAGGAAGAUGGGAGUGAGAAAAUAAAGCUCUGCAGAGUCAAGAGGAGCUUAAUGAGUUCCAAGGAAUCUUAAAACAAACGCUGUGCAUUUGUGUAUGUCUGUGUGAGAGGAUCAGGCAACCAUGUGGACAUUCGCUGCGACUGUCCACUGUCUUCUGGCUGCUGCGCUGCUAUUGGCUUGCUGCCUCCAAUCACUAGUGGCCACUGAGGAUGAUGUCACACCUCGCAUCAGUUUCCCUUACAACGCAAAGGAGAGGUCGGCCAAGAGAUUCUCUGCGGACGGUGUCUUCAAUUACACCUCCUUGCUGCUCAGCCAGGAAGAUGACAUGCUGUACGUCGGAGCCAGGGAGGCGCUGUUUGCCCUCAGCCUCUCGGACAUCAGCAAGACCAAGCUACAGAAGAACCUGACGUGGGGCACUCCUGCUGGAAAGAGAGAAGAAUGCAGCUUCAAAGGGAAGAACUUGGAGACUGAUUGCUUCAAUUACAUCAAAAUCCUCCUGCGGCUGAACAGCACUCACCUCUAUGUGUGUGGCACCUAUGCCUUCAGUCCUAUUUGCGCCUACAUAAACACGUCAACAUUCACGCUGGAGAGAGAUGAAGUGGGCGAGGUCAUGAUGGAAGAUGGGCGCAGUCGCUGCCCCUUUAAUCCAGAGUACAAAUCCACUGCCAUUAUUGUUGAUGGUGAAUUGUACACUGGUACUGUCAGCAACUUCCAAGGGAACGAGCCCGUCAUUUACAAGAGUUUGGGUCAGGGAACUGCUCUGAAGACGGAAAACUCUUUAAAAUGGCUGCAAGAUCCAGUCUUUGUCGGGUCGGCUUACAUCGAGGAGAGUCAGCCAAUAGGCAACCCCGUGGGAGACGACGACAAGAUUUACUUCUUCUUUAGCGAGGCGGGAAAAGAAUUCGACUUCUUUGACAACACCAUUGUGUCGAGGAUCGCUCGCGUGUGUAAGGGGGAUAAAGGCGGCGAGCGGGUGCUGCAGAAGAAAUGGACGACCUUCCUGAAGGCCCAGCUCCUGUGUUCCCUCCCCGAUGACGGUUUCCCCUUCAACAUCAUCCAGGACAUGUUCGUCCUGAAGCCUAUGGGAGACAGCUGGGAGAGCACCGUCUUCUACGGCGUCUUCACCUCCCAGUGGUAUAAAGGAGCAUCAGGCAGCUCAGCGGUGUGUGCAUUCACCAUGGCACAGGUGGAACGAGCCUUCAGCGGGCGCUACAGAGAGGUCAACAGGGAGACACAGCAGUGGUACACCUACAACCACCCAGUGCCAGAGCCACGGCCCGGGGCGUGUGUGACCAACCACGCCAGGCAAAUGGGUAUCCAGUCAUCUUUGCACAUGCCUGAUAAAGUGCUUAACUUUGUCAAGGACCAUUUCCUGAUGGACAGCGUGAUCCGCAGCGCUCCCCUGCUGCUGAAGCGCAGCGUGCGCUACACACAGAUCGCCGUGCACAAGAUCCAAGGCAUGGAAAGGGCUUAUGACGUGCUCUUCAUCGGAACAGAUGAUGGAAAGCUCCAUAAGGCCAUCAACGCCAACGACAAGAUGCACAUCAUAGAGGAGAUGAUUCUGUUUCCUGAGCCUCAGCCUGUGCAGCACAUCGAACUGGAUCCUCAGAGGGGUCUGUUGUUUGUGUCGUCCAACUCUGGGCUGGUGGAGGUUCCUGUAGCCAACUGCUCCAACUAUCUGAGCUGUGGAGAGUGUGUGUUGUCCAGAGACCCAUACUGUGCUUGGACGGGGCGGCUGUGUCGGGACGUGAGGAUGGCUCCACCUGACAGUCACUGGCAGCAGGAUGUGGAGGAGGCCGAUACAUCAGCGAUUUGUAACAGGACGUUUCUCAGCGGCAGAUCUGCCAGACCAGCAGCUUCUCGUGGCUCUCAGUGCCAGCUCAUUACAAUCCCAGUCAACACCUUUCGAGUCCUGCCUUGUAAACUGCGGUCCAACCUGGCACAGAGGAGGUGGCGUUACAGUGACAGCGCCAGCCAGUUCCUCUACGCUACGCCAGAAGGAAACCUUGUGGUGGUGGCACAGGCUGACAGGAUGGAGACCUACGAGUGCUGGUCAGAAGAGGAGAAUUUCCGCCAGCUGUUGGCCAACUACUGCGUGAGGGCGGAGCCCCGUCAGGAAAGCACCACUCUGAUUGGUCACUCACGCACGCCGCACAUUGAGCGAGAGGAGACCAUCAUCCUGCCCGGCGAGUCUCGUUCUGAGCAGGUCCACACGAAGACGUACUGGAACGAACUGAUUGUGGUGUGCGCCCUGCUGGCAUUCUCCCUGGUGGUGUUCUCCUUGUUCGUCAUCUACAGGAACCGGGACCACAUGAAGUCCAUGCUGAAGCAGGGCGAGUGCCCGAACAUGCAGCAGAAGAAGCCGAGGAUUGUGGGAAAGCCUGCUGAGAGCCUACCCCUAAACGGUAACACCAUCCCUGUUUCUACUUCUGAUCACAAGGGCUACCAGACGUUAAAUGACAACUACAUCUGCAGCACGCCCACCCACGAGUCCUCGCCAGACAACAGCAAGAGCUUCUCCGAGGCCUCCGACAGGCGGCCGCUUAACUUGAAGGAGAGCCACGUGGAAUACUCCCCGACCUGCCCCCGGCCCAGGGUGAGGCUAGGCUCGGAGAUCAAAGACUCUAUCGUAUGAGAGCACAGUAUUCGCUAAAAGAUACCACCCUGUAUCUCCAUGAAGGAUACAGGCCACCGAGCAGAGGAGAGGAGACCUUGACAUCCCUCUACAUCACAGCACAUCUUUUAUUUUAGUCAUCUUUUGUUCUGUGAUCAGUGCAGAGGGCAUUUCGUUUAACCAUUUCCACUCCGAAGCCACAGGUUGAUCUGGUGUGCUGCCUAGGGCAGGAAGAGGAGGCAGCAAAACACUGCAGUUUCAGCCAGAAUUAACAACCAUGGCAGCUGCUCAGAGUAGUUAUUACACAGUCUUUGUUUGAGUCAUUCUCAUGGCCACUAAUGUGUGUGAGUGUAGGGCUGGGCAAUAUGAGGAAGAGAAAAACAAAACAAAGGAUCUUCCUCUAAUAUCAGUAUGUAUCUCAGUAUCUCUUUAGGUAUGCAAGAUCCAACAUUAAAAUGUCUAGUUGAUAUUCAUCACAUGAUAUAAUAAAAUAAAUAAAUAGUGAAUAUUAAUAGAUUUCCCAGCCCUAUGUGAGUGUGUGUUACCUUCCACAUGCUCUGCAGAAGAUGGCCGCCAGAGGCCACACUGUUAUUAUGCACACUAGAACCAAGCUACAGCUACAUGGUGACCAAGAGUUCAGGUUUAGGAGAAUAUAAUACAUGUAUUUCAUAUUCAUUAUGAUCCACACAUUAUGGAAGCAAGUCAGAAGCACAUUUUGCUGAGUAAAUGACUGUAUGAGGAUGACGAUGGUGAAAGAUGAGGUAUACUUGGAGAAGACAAAACACGCUGUUGGAACAACAAUUAAAAGGACUGCAACCUUCUGAAAGAUGAUGAAAAAAUGUGAUCAUAAAUUAUGCUCCAGGGCCUAAAUACUGACAUUUACCUCCUGAAUGUAUGUUGUUGUUCAAAGGUUUCUUUCACACGUUACUGCACCAUGGACAAUCUAGGGAACCUGUUGCUCUACAUCUCUGCUCAUCUGAGACAGCCCUGUUCUUCAGUAUUGACCUGCAGGUAUCAUGAUGGGCUCAUAAAACCACAGGAGACAUGAUGACCCUGUUUUUGAGGCGAAUAUGGAAAAGAGUCCUGACAUUAUGUCAAUGGAGGCGGGACAUUUCAAGCACAGAAAGCCACAAAAAAAAAGGGGGACGUCCACACCUUUCCCAUCUUCAGGGCAGCACUGAAAUCAUCAUGUGCACUGUGCCAAAAAAAAAACUUGAUUGUCUUAUCUAAAUGCAAUAGUGCCAUCCAGUUAUGACCACUCCCAUGCUUUGUGUUAGCAUUGAUCACUGUCGAAGAGCACAUGGUGACGGAACCAGAGGUGGGUUUCAAAAAGUGGCACUAAUAAUAAACAAAUGUGAAGUGCAAGGUUGGAAACUUCUCUAAGACUGUUAGCUCAAAACAAACUUUUCAGACUGUGUUGGGCAAAACGUUUGUGUAAAAUCUGAGCUGGGGCCAAAGGAUAUGUCACAGAGAUUGCUUCAUGUGAAAGCUUGUCUUGUGUCAGGUGAGAAAAUAUUCCAGUUUUCCUUCAGGUACCCUUAAAGCUUCACUGGGUAACUUUUAUAGAAAUAACUCUGUCAUAUUUGCUGAAACUGUCGAAACUAUAUCCUGACAGUAGUACAUGAGACAUAUAAUCUGUGAUAAGUCAGAAUCCUCUGGUGCCUCCCAUAGCCUGAAAAAAUAAUGGACGUAGCUAACAUGAUGUCACCCACUGGUUUGUUGACCCCCUGUUUUAUAGCCUUGCAUUCGGACUUCGUCCGUCGCCACCUUCGCUUUUUUGGAUCCAGAAGUGACCCUAUUUGGGCGAGAGGCUGGCACUGUGGACAGCCUGUAACACAAAGCAGCCUGUCUUUAAUAAUGCAUAACUUUAAGCCUUAAUAAAAUGUAGACCGGUGAGUGAGUUAUAUAAGAAUUCACCCCCCGUACAGUUGUCAUGAAUGUUGAAAUUAGCUACAGAGACCAAAACUGUCUUUGUACCAGGCUGUAAACAUGUUAAUUUCUGCUGAAAAGUCGGGCAUUUUAACACUGAGGUCUAUGGAGACUGACUGGCUUUGGAGCCAGCCUCUAGUGGUCAUUCAAAGAACUGCAGUUUUUGGCACUUUCACGUUGGCUUCGGUUUUCAGCCCCAGAGGUUGCUGCUUGGCUCCUCCUAGUGCUGCUUAUGGCAUUUGCAAGAAUCCACCAGAACCAACCACCAAAACAACCAGUCAGAGCCAGGAGGAGUCUCUAAAGCAUGUGAAUCACUGCUUGUGCACAUGCUUAGCUGCUAACAAAAGCAUAUGGCAAAGACAUGUAAACAGAAAUAGACUGGCUUGCUCACCUCCAUAGAAGAAGACCAACAUUUACUCUGAUUGGUUAUACGAGUUCAGGUGUGGUGGACACAUGCAAAUGGCAUUAGGAGCACUCAGAGGAGCCAUAGGAACAUGAUUAUUUCAUUGGUUAUUUGUCUCAUGUACUACUGUCAGGAUGUAGUGACAGUUUCAGCAAAUAUGACAGUUAUUUUUUAUAAAAGUUACCUGCGGUAGCUUUAAAGGAGUUAUCUGCCUUCUUAGUAUCCACUGACGCAUACAGGUACAGUGAGCUUGAGACAUUUGAGCUUGACGAGCGCUAAUGACACAAACUGCUUGGUAAAUUUAAGCGCUAAUAACUCAAAAUUGAAAAAGUAAAAAAAAACAAAAACAAUAAUAACUGUCACACUAGUGGAGAUGUAAUACUUCAUGUUAUUUUGUCCAGACUGCAGCUGCACUAUGUAGUGGUGUGGCUGCACAGAGCGCUGUAUUAGCUCAAUCUAACCCCCUCCCCUCCUCCAGGUUGCAUUUCUUACAUACAUGACGUUCCCCGCACUCAGUCAGAUGUCAUUGCGACGUUAAUGUGAAAGCACAAGUAAUCAGGGUCUUGAAUACUGACAGGUUUGCACACGUCCGUAAAAUCGGAGCAUACACUUAAGAAAUGCAACUACUGAGAGACCGAAGGUGUGGCUGCUGAGGAUGCUGAUUUUUAAGAAAUCAGUCAUUACAGGGACCAGUGCAGCCAUUACAAACACUCUUGCACCCACAUCGCUUAGACUUUUGAGACUUAACAAGCAGAAUUUCCCAAAGAUGUAAGAAGCUGAUGGUGUUGUGUAAAUCUGAAUGAGAUUCAUUUACACGGCCAUAGAGACAAGCUGGCACCACGUCUUAGAAUACAUCACCAAUUCACUGUAUUGAUCAAGUAAGCCUACAGUAUAUAUUCCAGUAUCAUACAGAAUAAACAUUUUGCUAUUUCCAACACUGAGCAGAUGACGAAAUGCUAUGUAACUGCUACAAGGUGACAAAGUAAUUGCACAGCAUACUGCGCAACAGUGGUCAGUGUUUCCUCUUUUUUUUUCUUUAGUUUUUGUUGUGUAUAUACAGUAUCUGUGCUUAAUAUUGUGUGUUUUUCAAGGGACCUUGUGCAAGAUGUGUUGUAGAGAUAGUCUUGAAACUAGAGAGUGAACACUGCUGAUAUUUUGUUUUCAUAGUGCUUUACUGCCUACUUCAGCAUACAUUUCAAAUCUUGCACAGAAACCUGCACAUCUCUUAUCAUGCUGUUAGUUCAGCACCUGGGCUUGUUUUUAUCAAGCAUGUCAAAGCAGGAGGGGUAUCUCUUUUUAUUUCCAUGCCAAACUGAAUUAAAGGUGUAGUUUGAUAUUCUAGGGAGUAUGCUUAUUCACUUUCCUACUGAGAGUUAGAUGAGAAGAUUGGUACCAUUCUCAUGUCUGCACCACAGACUGUAUAAAAUACCAUAGACUGUAUAGCUAUCAUGACAUCACCCAUUGGUUUGUGGACCUCUGUUUUGAAGCAUCGAAACAUCUUUUUUGGAGUCAGAUGUUACUAGAUUGCUAUGGAUCUAACUCAUAGACCGUAGCGACGCCUCGCAGACAGCCUGUCACUGCACUGUCAAGGGGCCAUGAUGACUUGUAUAAAAAUUCAUCCCACGUACAGUUGUCACGAAUGGGGAAAAAUAGCUAUAGUGUGCUCGAGCAAAGAGUCAAAACCCGGAAAUGAGUUAGCAUUUUAGCAUUCCUAGUUCCCUUGUCUUGAAUUGAUUGUUUUUUUUGAAUGGGUCUGUGGUUAACACAAGCUUAAGAGACGUUCAUGUUUUGUUCUACGUCAUUAAAUAUGUCAGUAAAUACCCAACUUGUGAAUAUUGAAGCUUAAAUGUGUCUUAAAAAAGGUGGUUGCUAACAAGAGGUUAAAUGAGACUACAGAACGUCAUCACACUGAACGCGGCUUUACAGCUUCGUUGUGGCCCAGUUGAAAUCAUGCGACUGUAUUGUAGUUUGUUCAUAGCCUUAAGUUAGCUUUUUACUUCUGGCAAUUGCAGGUACACUACAAAAAAUAAAAGUGGUGUUUAUUUGUGAAGAUUAUCUUGCUGAACAAACUGUAUAAGUAUUAUAAACUUGUGUUUGCCACAGAGCUUUUUUUAUGCAAUAAUCCAAAACCCAAUGCAAAAUCCCAUUGACUUUUCGCGGAGGGAACUAGGGUGAUGUUAACUUUCAUGUCGGCCUACAGUACCACCCCUGGAACACUUUAUAGAGACCAUAACCAUUGUUUGUACCAGGCUAUAAACAUGUUUCUGUCUGCUGUAAAGUUUGGGGGUCUAAGGGGAUUGACUCGCCUCUGGAGCCAGCCUCAAGUGGCCAUUAGAGGAAUUGCUGUUUUUGGCACUUCCAUGUUGGCUUCAUUUUUCAGCCCCGGAGGUUGCUGCUUGGUCUGCUUGCUAAAUAUGAGGCGACAAGUAGCAGCUGGUUAGCUUAGCAUUGAGACUAAAAUUGGGGAAGUGGCUAACCUGGCUCUGUCCAAAGGUAACAAAACCUGCGCAGUAACACCCUGGCAUCUUGUCAUCACCUUGACAGGAAGCCAAGUGAGACUCCAUGAAGCCAAGAAGUAGUCCGGCACAUAACCCUUCGUGAAACCGCAAUGUGUUAUUUUUAUUAGUGAACUUUGGAAGUACUGAUAGGCAGAUUUUGUUCCUAAGCUGGUUUCUCAUGCCUCUUGUCUUUGUGCUAAGCUAAGUGGUUGUUGGCUGUAGCUUCAUAUUAACUGUACAGACACGAGUGAUGUCGAACUUCUCAUCUGACUCUUAGUAAGAAAACAAAUAGUUGUAUUUCCUAAAAAGGUCCACCUAUUCCUUUAAUCUUGUUUGCUGAGACUAACCAAAUAAACAAGAGUAUAACAUUUGCCAACAGAUGCAUAACCAGAACAGAUCAGACUCUAAAAGCCUCAGUGCCGAGCAUUGUUUGUCACCACAAACAGUGACAGCAGAUUCUCUAAACUGCAAGAUGUCUCUCUGGAGGCUGAAUACCCUGCUUUCAGAUGCUUGGUGGAUAACCUCACAACAGCAUUUUCAAAAUGCCUUUAGAUGUCAAGUUGUUCUGCCUUUAGCCACGUGCCACAGUGUACACUACCCAGCAGUGACCUCACCAACAGAGCUGUGGUCAAUGGUGUGAUUGUAGCCCUCCAUGGGCACACUUAACUCCACAACACAACACGGGUCAACAGUAGAUUUACAGAUUCACUCAAGCCACCGUUAACUUUACCUGCAAACAAUAACACUGGGAGCUGCUCAAAAUCUUGUACCAUUCUGCAGUCUUUGUUUGUGUCAGAUUAAAACUGUGCACAUAGGAGACAUCUUUGUGAAGAGGUCAAUAUUUAAGAGUAAUAAUAGUGAAGCUGAAGCUGCAGUAUAUUUGAUCUUCAUAGUUAAUAAUGCCAAAAUGGUGUCAUAAAUGCAUAUUUAUUAAUAAUGUGCUUUUCAUUAAAAAGCUAAUUAUACCACGGUGAUUCAUUUUGAGUGGCUCCUCAGUAAUGCAACAUACUGUACUGGACAUGAAUGUAGCCAACUAUAACAUUUUGUGGAACAUCUACAGCAGUCUAUUUUCCUAAAACGGCUUAAGUAGGCAAUUCAUUGCAACAUCUUUUUAGGAUUUUGUUUCAACGGUCAUACCACAAAGAAAUGGCACAAUAGAAGUAAUUAAUCAUUUGUGCUGCACGAUGUAGUACUGCAGUAAGAUGCAAGCACAGCUCCAAAUCCUCCGUAUCGGCUCAGCCAUGAGACACAGCAACAGCUUUGCCUCAGCAUACUGAACACCAUAAGCUUAGUUGACUGAAUAACUAUUAGACAAAUGUGGUCUUGCCUGCAUGAUUUCCUUUUUUUAUUUGUUGUGUAUAAAUAACAUUGUGAACUGUAUUUUUUGUAUCAUUGAGAUUGUGACUGUUGUUUUUAUUAUAUUGUACAUAAAAAGCACUUUAUUUUAAUUUUUUAAGAUAAAUGAAUAAAAUACAUGUUUUGACACAUGCA